AUGUCAGCUCCUCAAGCAUCUACCACCCGUCAACGGGCCAACAAAGACAAGGACUCCACCGACCCCGACGUCCUGAACCCGACCUCGCUUGGGACGACAUCCAACAAGAACGUCCGGAGGGCAGGGACAAAGCCGAAUGUCGACCCGCCAUUCUGGAACAUGUCCAUGAACAGGUUCCUCACCUACCUCACCCUGUCCCUCGGUCUCCUCGCCGCGUUCUACAUGUGGCGCUUCACCGUCUGGGCUGCCAACGCCGGCGGAUACUGGAAUCUCGUCACCGGCAAGCGUGCUGCGCAGAACAUCAACCCGAACGUCAACACCAACGGCGGUGUCGCCGGCAUGGGCAGCGACGCGAUGAUCAAGAGCGCUGCUUCGGCCGCCCGCGCGGCGGGGAGCCAAGCGUCCAAGGCUGCUGCCAAGGGCGGAAAGGGCAAGACCGGCUCUGUCCCGUCCGGCAACCCCGACGUCCAGUCCCAGAUCUACACCCUCGCCACUGCCCUCGGCGUCAAGCCUCACGAGCUCAGCGAGGCCAUCCGUCCCCUCAUCGACCCCAGCGUGGCCAAUCCCGCCGAGGCUGCUGCCAAGGAGAUUGAGAUGCUCAAGCUGCAACUCCAGAGCUUGACUGCCGCGGGUGCGAGCGCCGCGCAGGCGCCGGUGGCGGAGAAGGAGAAGCCGAACGAGGGGAGCUUAUUGGGCAUUGUGAGCGAGGUGUUGCUGGACUAA